GCCGUCGUCCUGUUCCCUGAGUUCGCGUAUGAAAACAAUAAACAACUCGAGAACGAGAGCGGAACGGUUGAAGACCUGUCGCUUGGUUUCGACAAAAAAUAUAUUAAAUAAACGAACCGAAGCGAACAAAGAAUAGAAGACAUCGUCAUUUUAGGCGGACUUGGACCUGUUCUGUCCCUGACACGAAACCUUUCCGAAUUUAUGUCAAGCUGGGAGAGUUGACCGUUUUUACCCCCUUCCGUAGCCCCCUCUUUCCCCUUCCCUUUGCUCGUUCUUCACUUGCACACGGUUGUUUGUUAUGCGGUUACCGGAGAAUCGCUCCAUUUUUCGUCUUCCUCCGCCACCUAUUUACUCCCUUACCCCCAUCUCUCUGGCCCCAUGUCCCGCUGGCUCUUCCCUUGGUCCGGCUCAAUCAAGAAGCGGGCCUGUCGGUACCUUCUACAACACUACCUCGGCCACUUCCUCCAGGAACGACUGAGUUUGGAACAACUGAGUUUAGACUUGUACAACGGCAGCGGGGUCAUCCGAGACAUUAAACUCGAUGUCUGGUCAGUGAAUGAGCUUCUGGAGUCAGUUGGGGCUCCUCUGGAGAUAGUGGAUGGCUUUGUAAGCAGCAUCGCAGUGACCAUCCCCUGGGCGGCUCUCGUCAAUGACCACUGCACCCUCGUUGUCACCGGCCUACAGCUGACAUGCAGGCCAAAGUACAGGACCAGUGGGAGCUGGGACUCUCAGGGCCUAGCCUCAUGUAUGACCUCCAGCAUGCAGCUGGCCCAGGAAUGCCUGAAGGACCCCCCUGAGGCAUCUGAGGAGCCGCCUGCUCCUCUGGAGGGGUUGGAAAUGUUUGCACAAACCAUAGAGACUGUGCUGCGUCGAAUCAAAGUUACCUUCCUGGACAUCAUUGUCCGAAUUGAACACCAGCCCCUGGAUUCUGAUACCGGCAUUGCCUUGGAGGUGCACAUUAAACGGCUGGAUUACUGUGACGAGGCGGUCAGAGACUCCAGCCAGACAGUGCCUGUGGACAUUCACCAGCCCCCCGCCUUCCUGCACAAGAUCCUCCAGCUCACCGCUGUCCAGCUGCUAUACGAGAGCACAGGAAGUCCUCAGGAUGGCCCCAGCAGCGAGAGCGAGGGGUCCCCCCCUGCGGACCCCUCCGCGGCCCCCAGGCCUCCACAGCACCCCCCGCUGAUCGGGAGCUGCUCGGGCUUCAUGGAGACCACUGUGAAGAUCAAGCAGAACGAGGCGCUGCCCGGGCCCAAGUUGGAGCUUGAUGGGAAGGUUGGCUGUCUCCACCUGCUGCUCUCUCCAGACCAGAUCACUCACCUUAUGGACCUGCUGUCAGCGCUCUGCAUCGACACGGAGCCGAGCGGUGGGGAGCGGGGCCACAGUCGGCCCCUGGGCUCGGAGGACCUGCGGCUGAUCGAGGAGGACCUGAGCAAGCAGCUGAGCUCCGACCUCACCGACAGGGACGAGGAGAGGGAGGGAGAGGAGGAGCCGGAGGAGGACCUCUUCCUGAGCGGCCUGGAGAACGGAGAGAUGUUCUACUCCAUGGGUGCGGGGAUGAGCAGCAGUAUGAUGUCGGGGCGCUCGGGCAGUGAGCUGUCAGACAGCGACAUGGAGUCAUCUGGGCACAGCCUGCACAGCCUGGGCCCUGGGUUAAUGAUGAACUGUCCCAGACGCUACCCUGUACCAGGAUCCCUUUCCAGUCUUCCUCAGAGCACCAGGACCCCAGGUCGCUCUUCGCAGCGCGCCCAAUCGGAUCCCCUCAAGCCCGACGCCUUUCUCCGCCUCUCCCUGGGCGGGGUCACCCUGACGCUGCUGGAGCAGGAGCCCGCCGCCGGUCCCCCCGGGUCGCCGGGCCCCCCCGGGACGCCCCCCCUGGCCAAGGUGUCGCGCGUGUUUUUCCGGGAGCUGGCCUACUUCAAGGACAGCAUGUUCAGCGGCAGGGACUUGGCGCAGCUGAGGGAGGGCUUCGCCAAGGCCUGCCCGCACUCCAACCUCAGACUGACAGGUGCUGCGGUCCAGGUGUCGUAUGAGAUAAAGAGCGGAGGGCGCCGUGCGCGGGAGGUGACCUCUGACCUCUCCUUCAGCCAGCUGGAGCUGCUCGAGUGCCUGUGGGGGUCAGGGACACCCCAGUACACUGAGUUGCUGCAUUUUCAGAAUGCUGGCUCUUUCACUCUGGGAUCUGCAGUCCGGCCCUGUGCUCAGCUGCAUUACAGCCUGACUGAGAGACAUCAUCGCAAGAGCAGUGCUAAGCAGCGCGUGAUGCGCAGGGACAGCGCCGUGCGGGUUGAGCUGGGGGAGCUGAGCACAGAGGUGGACCUGGACGUGCUGAACAGACUGGACCUGCUGACGCAAGCCCUGAGCCACGGAACGCCUCCCAACGAGGGCCACGCCCACUCACAGACACAGUACUGCGAGCUCCGCUCCUCCCUCACGGUGCUCUCCCCUCACGUGGUUCUGAAGCUCCGCUUCCCCAUCCCGGACCUCCGCCCCCCGCCCCAGCGCCGGCCCCCCGGGCUGCGGGCCAUCCGAAACGAGACGCUGAGCCUGGAGCUGUCCCACCUGGAGCUCCGCUCGCAGCACGGGCCCGACCCCCAGCUCGAGGGGGCAGGGGACCCCCACAUGACCCAGCUCUUUGAGGCUUGCUUCAGUAAUCUCCAAGGAGUCUAUGAGGGCUGGGAGGGGGGGUCUUUCCCCUGUAUACGAAUCCUGAAGAAUCCAGACUCCCACCGUCCAGACAGCAUGCCCAGGAUCUCCGUGCGGGUCAGCGAUGGCGGUGGUGCCGGCGGCGACCGCAGGGCGGGGCCCAGGCUGGGCUUGGACAGGGACCUGGGCUCCAUGUCCCUGGAGAGCCCCUGUGAGCUGAGGGAGCGGGAGAGCUCCCCCUUCUCCUCCAACCGCACCAUGUUCGAGACCGAGGAGAUGGUGAUCCCAGCUGAUCCUCUGGAGAUGAAGGAGUUUCAGGCUCAAUGUGUGUCUCAGUGCCAGUGUGUGGUGGACAUCGUUCUGCCCCUGGCUGUCAUACUACUGCCCAGCAAGGAAGCCUACCAGAGUGUGUACAACAGGAUCAAUAAUGACCUGCUGAUGUGGGAGCCCCAGCCCGAGGCCCCCGCCGGCUCUAAGGGGCCCCACAGCCCCCCUCGCCGCCCGCCCCGGUCCCAGGACGAUGACUUUCGGCUCUGCAAAUCAGCCUUCAGAUUGGACUCUGACUCGGAGGAGGAGGAGCCCUAUCACACAGCCGACGAAUCAGCAAAGCAGCGUGGAGGGGAGCCCCGCCCAGGACUCACCCAGAGUCUCCUGUCUUUGACCAUCCAUGUGGGCAAGGGCCGUCUCCAGGCCAUGACUGACAGCAAGGGGGAGACGGGGCGGAAGGUGGAGAACUGUCAUGGAGAAAUAGUACUGGAUGUAGAAGGAGGGAAGAUUUUCAGUGUGACACAGUAUCAGGGUAACCCCAACCUCAACUUCCUGUGUCUGGAGAGCAAGAAAGUGGAGCUUUACCACAGAGCGGCUGUUCCAGACUCUCCCAUCCCGACACAGUUGGAGGUGCCCAGCUUUUCUCCACCCGAACACCUGGACCCUACCAUUUAUCCCACAGAGGUGGGGGUGAGCAGUGUCGGAGGUCGGGAGGAUGGUGCUCAGAUGCUCUCAACUGCCAUCAAAAUAACACUGGACCUCCAGAAGAAUGUGAAGGAGUUCCUGGUUGCUCUUCGUCUCCAGGGUGCCACCUUGCGGCAUCAUAUGGCAUUAACCAAUCAUAGCUGGCAUGAACAGCUGGUGGAUUUUCUGGAUGUGAUCGAUGACCCCAUCCUUGGCUACACGGCCCCUGUGGUUAUCACUGUCCUGCACACACACCUGGCGAGCUGCGCAGUCGACUACAGGCCCCUCUAUCUCCCUUUGCGAGUGCUCUUCACGGCGGAGUCCUUCUCUCUCUCCAGCAACAUAAUCGUGGACACCGCAACCUUCCACCUCAGGUUCAUCCUGGACGACUCUGCGCUGUACCUGUCCGAUAAGUGUGAGAGCGACGUGGUGGACCUGCGACGAGGUACGAGCCUUUUUCAUCUUUCAGGACCUAAGGGCCGCAGACGAACUGAGCACGAAUCUGAGAAUGUGUCUGUUUCACAACACAGCAGUGACCUUCGUAUCCCCUCUGUGCAGACCCAGCCCCUGUUUGAGCUGCGUUGCUCCAAUAAUGUGGUCCACCUGCACACCUGCGCAGACUCCUGCGCUGCUCUGCUCAACCUGCUGCAGUACCUGGUUGCCCGGGGCGACCUGCACCCGCCCCCUAGGCAGAGCUCUCCCACCGAGAUUGCAGGGCAGAAGCUACCGCUGUCGGAAAGUCCCGCCUCCCUCCCACCUUGCCUUCCUGCCGAGACGGCAGAGAUCAACCAAUACGACCUUACGGACGCCCUGAUUGACACGGAGCGGAUCCAGCGGGACGAGGACGUGGACUCGGGCUGUCCAACGUCAGUCCAGCGCGCCUCGCCCGUCUCAGUCUACCUGUUCCCCGGAGAGGCCCCCAAGCUCCGCCCCCCAGAGGAAGGGGAGGAGCCUGAGCUGGACAGGCUGGUUUCGGCAGCUCAGGAGGCACAGCCGGACCUGGGGUCUGAAGAGGAGUCGGAGGGGUCCACCGACAACGACGACUUCUGUAUCCUGGAAGCUCCUGGGAUAGGCAUCCCUCCCAAAGACGGGGAGCCCGUGGUGACUGUGCUGUGUCCCGGGCCCAUCCUGGUCAGGGAUGGGUACUUCUCCCGCCCCCGGGGCAGUUCGGACCUGCUGCGCGCCCCGUCCCGCUUCCCUGUGCCCCAGAGCCGGGUCGUCCUCCGGGAGGUGUCCGUGGUGUGGCACCUCUACGGGGGCAAGGACUUUGGGGGCAGGCCUGUCUCCGGCCAUGGCCAGCACAGCCACAGGGGCCGCUCUGCUCCUCCAGGGGCCCGUGGCUCCCCUUCCCGCUCGGCGGCUCCUCCCCGACCCCAGAACUCCUGGCGCUGGGCGGGAGGGAGCGGCCGGCAGCACAGCCUGCUCAUGGAGAUCCAGCUGACUAAGGUCAGUUUCCAGCACGAGUCGUACCCGCUGUCGGUGUCCGCGACGGCGGCGGCGGCGGGGCAGGACGCGGAGGCGGGCGGCGUCGGGGAGCAGCCGCUCUUCCGCCAGGUGUUCAUCGUGCAGGAGCUGGAGGUGCGGGACAGGCUGGCCUCCUCCCAGAUCAACAAGUUCCUGUACCUGUACACCAGCGAGAGCAUGCCGCGGCGGGCCCACUCCAACAUGCUGACAGUGAAGGCUCUGCAGGUGUGUCCUGAGUCAGGCCUGGGGGGUCCGGAGUGCUGCCUGAGAGUCAGUCUUCUGCCCCUGAGACUGAACAUCGACCAGGAUGCCCUUUUCUUCCUCAAAGACUUUUUCAGCAGCCUGGCCGGUGGUGUCACCCCAUACCUGCCUGUCGAUCCGGCAACCGAAGUGAAAGCUGAUAUUUCCCAGAAGCCCUCUGGGGAGGUGGAACCUGGGGCCAGUUUAGGGCCUGACCUCAGCGCUUCCAUGGAAACCACUGUCAGUGAACAGAGCUCCUCCUCUGCUGGCUCCUCCUCUUCCACCGAUCAGCCAAUUUACUUCAGGGAGUUUCGCUUUACCUCUGAAGUCCCCAUCUGGCUGGAUUAUCAAGGCAAGCAUGUCGUCAUUGAACAGGGCACCUUUGCAGGGAUCCUGAUUGGUCUGGCUCAGCUCAACUGCUCUGAGCUCAAACUGAAGAGGCUGUGCUGCCGACACGGAUUGUUGGGCGUGGACAAGGUCAUUCAGUACGCCAUCAACGAGUGGCUGACUGACAUCCGCAAGAACCAGCUGCCGGGAAUUCUGGGAGGAGUGGGCCCCAUGCACUCUGUGGUGCAGCUCUUCCAUGGCGUGAGGGACCUGUUCUGGAUGCCCAUCGAGCAGUACAGGCGAGACGGGCGCAUUAUCCGCGGCCUCCAGCGGGGGGCGGCGUCCUUCGGCACGUCCACGGCCUCCGCCGCCCUGGAGCUCAGCAACAGGCUGGUUCAGGCCAUACAGGCCACGGCGGAGACCGUGUACGACAUCCUGUCUCCAACUCCCCCCCUGACGCGCUGCGUGACCGAGGGCCGCCCCGCCUCCCGCCCGCGCCGCGCCCCCCAGCCUGCCGACCUCAGGGAGGGCGUGGCCAAGGCCUAUGACACCGUCAGAGAGGGAGUGAUUGACACGGCUCAGACCCUGUGCGACGUGGCGUCCCGCGGGCACGAGCAGAAGGGCCUGCCGGGGGCGGUGGGCGGGGUGCUGCGUCAGAUCCCCCCCACCGUGGUGCGCCCCCUCAUCGUCGCCUCGGAGGCCACCUCCAACCUGCUGGGAGGCAUGCGGAACCAGAUAAAGCCGGACGCCCGGAAGGAGGACUUCUUAAAGUGGCGCACCGAGGACAGCCAGGAGUGAAAGAUUUAGAAGUUGGAGAUGAAUGGGGGCGGGAGGAUGGGCAUGGGGGAUUAGGCGAAGCACACCAGCCCUGAGUUACAAGAGGGUAUGGGAAAGUGUGGGUACACAGAGUUUUUACACAAAUGCAAAAAAAAAAAGAAGUUAAAUCCAACUGCCACCGCUCAUGGAAAUGCAGUGUUUUAAGUGGCUUUCAAAAUGUGCCCUCGUUCUCUUCCGCAUCCGACUGUAAGAGAACCCUCCCUUCAUAUAGAUGACAUCAUAUCAUUCUCACAAUGCACACCAAGCGAAGCCAUUUCAGUGAUACCGUUGUUAAAGGGCAACGUGCAGAGCUUGUUCUUAGGUCUCCGUUAGCGAUGAGAUGGUUGAUUAAACUCUUCCUCCCGUUUGUUCUCCCGGGGCAGCAAGCGAACAGUGCCGAGAGAAAGAAAUGACUUUUUGUAAAACCAGGGGCGAGGGGAGGGAGGAAGGAAUUCAGUGUGACGCAGUUAUGGUGGAAGGACUAGAGCGAAGUGGCCUUGCUUUUCGAUGUUAGCCGAGAGUAGGAAAGAUGUUUGUCGGUUUCACACUCACCCCAAUAUGCACCUGUGUACGUGUUGUGUCCUGUGCUGUGUAACCCCGCCUCCGACUUACCGCCGUUUGUGCCAUAAGCUCCUUCAGUAUGUAGGGAACACCUCAGUGCUUACUCACUGCUUCCGUCUUUUCUCUCUCCGCUCCCAUCCCUUCUUCCCUCUUUUCUCUCUCCGCUCCCAUCCCUUCUUCCCUCUUUUCUCUCUCCGCUCCCAUCCCUUCUUCCCUCUUAACGACUUUACGUUUUCCAGCUUUUAAUCCCUGUUCCGUCCCUACAUCCUCUUUACUCGACUUGUAGGAGUCUCUGCAGCAUUGCUGCGGUAUUAACGUGACACAGACACAUCACAGGGCUGUGAGCAUGUUGUGUGUCAUCCCUAUAUAAGAUGGCUGCUGGGCCCUUUCACUCCUGCAGUCUGCUGAUCUCUGUCCUUUGUAUACUUCUCUCCAGUACCUGCUUUGCUUUACUUUAUUAGUUGCCUUCAUGCGUUUUUUAAUUGUUUUUUUUUUUCUAUCUUGUAAUUAUGAUUACCGAGUAUUAUUAUUAAUGUUUUCUUUUCUCUUUUUUUGCAUUCUUCUGUAUGGGAGUGUGUGUUCUUGGUGGAGGGUGAGGGAGGCGACGGGUUUACAGUUAACAACAUUUUACAUUUUUAUCCUUUGUUAAAUGAGCGUAAAGUGUAAGGGAAAUGUGUGUCGGUGCGUGCGCGUGGGUGAGCAUGCAUGUUUUUAAGGUUAGGUGCGUGUGCAUGUUGUUUGAGUGCGACUGGUUGGUUGAUUGAUUGUGUUUUUGGCGCUUCAGAGUGCGUUUGUGUAAUUACCAUUAUUACUAUAUCAUAUGCUGUAAGAACCAACUGUAUAAUACCUAGACAAUGAGUAAAAAAAAAUAUUAAUACAAAAAAAUAAAACUUGAAAAAAUGUAAAAACCCA